AUGACCGCUGACCGAUUCCUCUCCCCCUACUCCCAGAUCCUGGGCGUGCGGCUGUGGCCCACCGCCAUCCCGCAGUACAACAAGGGCCACCUGGACAUCCUCGCGAGCGUGGAGGCAGGGGUCAAGAAACAUCCGGGUCUCUUUUUGGGGGGGAAUUACCGAACAGGCGUGGCGUUUGGGGACUGCGAUUCAGAGCUACUUGGCUGCUAA